AUGCCAGGUGCCUUGGCAGCGGCUCCCUUCCGAGCUCCCGCCUCCAACGAGUUUGGAGCUGCUCUGAUGUUGGCGGGUACACCAAGCAUCAGCGGCUUGACUGCUACCUUCGAGGCCACGAAGCCAGGAAAUAUGUGGGCUGCCGUGGUGAGCCAGGCCAAUGCGGCUUCUGUGACAGUGGCAACAGCAAAGUCCGCACAGAUGUGGGCGUAUGGGGCCCUAUCCUGCCGGAAGAUUCAGGAGGCCGUGGCUGAUGGAACACUCACGACGUUGUCGCUGACAGGUUGCUCGCUGUCCGCUACACAGCUGUGUGGAGCAAGUCGUGAGCUGUGGAUUGGCCGCAGCUUGUUCUUCCUUGGAUCCUCUGACUUCUUGUUCUUCACUCGGGGAGUGGGGUGGGCUGGUCGCGAUGGAGGCGUAGCGAUUGUCGUUGCUGAUGUUCUUCUGAUGUGCCAGCCGUGA